GGGCGCCUCGGCUGCUGACGCGCAGCUGCGGGAGGCGGAGGGCGCGCGUCCCCGCAGCCUCUCCGCACGCCCCGGACGCGCCCGCUCCGCCGCCUGCCGGGGGCUGCAGCGAUGCUCCGGGGUACCCCAGGGAGAAGAAAUUAGUUUUCUCUCCCACGCUGCUUUACACGGGCUAAAGAAAAAGAAAUGAGCGUGGGAGGAAAGGGAAGGAGGGAGUCUCUGGUCCAGGGAGACAAAAAGGCAUCAAAUAUGGGGUCGUCCUUCUGGCCCAGUCCGGCAUCGAGUGUCAGUGGGCUGAGGCACGCAGGCGAUCUGUGGACAUGUUGGUGGCAAUGUUGGUGGCACGUACAGCUGAUUCUCUGGUGAAAUAGUGACUGUUUUCCAAAUGUCUUGAAUUUACUAAAGCUAUGCUAUCACUUCACUACCAUUUAAAAAUUAUUUCUCUUUAUUUUUUCAGUUCCUCAAUAUUCCUAAAACAACUUUAUUUCUGUUUUUUGUUUUUUGUUUUUUUUUUUUGAGACGGAGCCUUGCUGUGUCUCCCAGGCUGGAGUGCAGUGGUGCAAUCUCGUCUCACUGCAACCUCUACUGCCCAGGUUCAAGUGAUUCUCUUGCCUCAACUUCCUGAGUAGCUGGGAUUACAGGCGUGCACCACCACACCCAGCUAAUUUUUGUAUUUUUAGUAGAGAUGAGGUUUCACCAUAUUGGCCACAUUUGUCUCAAACUCCUGACCUCUAGUGAUCCGCCCAUCUCAGCCUCCCAAAGUGCUGGGAUUAUAGCCGUGAGCCAACAUGCCUGGCCUAUUUCUGUUUUUUAACAAGCAAAACUGAAGUGUCUUCCUUUCAUCAAAGCUUAUGGAGUGAUUUAAAUGAGAUAGAAGUAGUAUAUGGUCUUAAAAUGGUUCUAGUUAAUUAGGUUGAGCAUCCUUGUUUAGGUAAAACUUCCAUUUAUUUCGCUCAUCUAUCUGUAUCAGUGUUUCCCAGACAUCUUAGGAAAUCACCUGGGACUCUUGUAAAAAUAAGAAUGUCACUCUCCACUCAACAGCUACUGAAUCAGGCUGUCGUGACUUUUAAAGUACCAAUCACAUUUGUGAACCCCUCUGCAGAGCAAGAGCACCCUAUUGGAAAGAAAUAUAAUGUAUUCCACAUUGCAACAGUGUAGUGGUUCUGGGUAUUUGAUAACAAGGCCUUAUAACAACUUUUGAUUCAGUUGCAUUGCUUCCUGGUUUCUGCAAUUUCAGCGCACAGGGACAAGUUUUGAGAUUGUUAUGGAUGCCUCCCUCUACGUCUGCAUUCCAGUUUCUACCAUUUCUUUUUAAAAUACUUGGCCCCAAGAAGUUAUCCAUUUCCAGACUUUAUGCAAUCUCCAAAAACAGUUUUAAAAAAUUUAAAGCAUGCUUUUACAUUGAGACUUGUAGAUCCCUUUUUUUGUUUGUUUGUUUUUUGUUUCUUAAUAGCACCAGCCCCUGCAGGGCUUUAUUUAUUUAUUUAUUUAUUUAGUAGAGCCCCUGUCUCCCUGUGUUGCCCAGGCUGGUCUCAAACUCCUAGGCUCAAGCAGUCUUCCUGCCUCAGCCUCCCACAGUGCUGGGAUUACAGGCAUUAGCCACCCCACCUGGCCAAGACUUGUAGAUCCUUUAAAAUGAAACUUUGAUCUUUAUUUAAAUAUAAUCUGACAGCAAAAGGGUUAAACAAUUGUGGCUUGUUCCAUUAUCCCUGAAAGGAAUACGAGAACUUCAAAGAAUUAUAUAGCACACAAAAGAACCUAUACUUAAUAUGACUCAAAGACUUGAAGAUUAUAAGAUUAGAGAGUAGACCUUCCUGUUUAUGUCUCGAGGGCAUUUUCUAAGAGAAAUAGCCACAGAAUCUCAUAAAAUAUCGAGAGUAAUUUUUUGUUACUCAUCCUUUCCCUUCCUUCCUUUGCCAUUAUAAAACCUCUCUUCCCUAUCCCUUCAAACAGAUGGAAUCGUCUGAGUCUUUGCAGAGAAAGAAGAAAAGCAGAAAAGAGAAUGCAUGUCUUAAGAUGCUAAGGGACAGUGGAUUGAAAUAGCCUGGAAAGUGUUCAGAAAGAAUGCCAGCAAAUCAAAUGUUCACCUGGGGCUCAGGAAGAAAGAAAAGAAAAAUCAAUGUGCAGUCAAAGAGUGGUCUUAUUUUGCUAGAAAGUGACUCUCCAGAAAAGCUGCAAGGAAGCUCUCCCUUAACAACACCUCUCACAUUCCAGAGACUGUCCUAAACUCCAGUGUUCAGCUUCUGUCUGAAAAUCAGACUUAUCUUCGAGUCUUCCUUCAUACAGGAAAAAUGCAUGUGGCAGUGGUAGCAGUGAACGUGAUAUUGCUCCUAAGCCUGGGGUGGACAUCAGACUCUCUCUGCUCACCCACAAUUUUUUACAGAGACUGCUGGAUCCGUCGCUUCCCAGGUCUUCUAAUCAAUCUGGAGGAGUCUCAGAAGCUGGGAGCCCAGUUCUUGAAGUAUUAUUCUGAAAGCACUGGCCAGAAGUGCAGUAGGAGCUGCUGCCUUCGGAAGGAUGUUUCCUGUAACCUGGCUGUCUUCUACCACAAUCCUAUUCAUGACAAUAUCAACUGCCUCCAUGUUCACUGCCCAACACUGGAGAGCUGCAUAUUAGAGCCUGGAACCAGUGCCAUUUUGUACAACAUAACAGACGGUAUAGAUCCGGAUUUGCUGGUUUUUGAACAAUCUCCCACGUAUCUAAAUACUCGUUCUUCAUCCAAUAGAUGGGACAGACCAAGGGUUCUAAAAGCUAUGAAUUUAGAUAAACAAACCACCACGAUAAAUGGUAUGCUGCCAUCCACAGAGGCUCCAUCCUCAACCACGCAUCAAGAUUUGGUUGAAAACACAAACAGUGCCGGUUAUUCUAAGGAAUUAACCACAGAUUUUUGGGCAAGAUUUACUUCCCGGAAUGACUCCAUUACCACAAAGAUAAAUAAGGUGUCACCAAGUACUGAUUUCAUCAGCAAUCCAGAUAAUAAGACUAUUUCUCCUUUCUUUGUACCCAUAGACACAAAACUUUCUCAUAUGCCGAUUCCACCCCGACUCAACAGUAGCAAACAAUUACCGAACAAAACCAAAGGAUACAAUAGCAGAAACCACACAUCUGCGAAUGAAGAUGAGGUAUCUGUGACUUCAAAGACUUGGCUGGUUUCUGUGGCCCUUUGCACCUCUGUCAUCUUUCUCGGCUGUUGUAUAGUCAUCCUGGCAUCUGGAGGCUGUGGAAAGCAGCAGGGCCAGUAUAAACUAGGACAGAGAAAAUCAGGAUCCUAGCACCUUAAAAACCAUAACCAUAUGAAGGGGAACUCUUCAUAGUAAAAACUGUAGCAAGAUCAUAUGCUUUCAAGGAUCUCAUUUUUAGUUUUGUGUAAGAAAAGGCAGUUUGGUUAAAAAAAAAAAAAAUUAGGCUGGGCGUGGUGGUUCAUGCCUGUAAUCCCAAAACUUUGGGAGGCCAAGGCAGAAGAAUUGCUUGAGCCCAGGAGUUCGAGACCAGCCUGGGCAACAUAGUGAGACCCUGUCUCUAUAAAAUGAAAAAUUUAAAAAAAUAGCACAUGGGGCAAUAUGAUGCACCUGUGGUCCCAGCUACUCAGGAGGCUGAGGUGAGAGGACUGCUUGAGCCCAGGAGGGCAAAGCUGCAGUGAGCCGUGAUUGCACCACUGCACUCCAGCCUGAGCAACAGAGCCAGACUCUGUUUCAAAAGAAAAAAUAGGAUGCUCACUCCUACCAAUCUGUGGGAAAAAAAAAAAAAAAAAGGCUAAUGCUUGAUAAACAUAACUGCUUUUUUUGUUGUUAUUUCUAUUUUUUGAGUAGUGUUCCCUCUGCCAGAGUUGCAAAAUUCUGAUCCUUAACAGUUGUUACUGAGUGAGAGACACUGUUCGAGUGCUCUGGGGGCAUGAACUCACUGAAUCCUUCCAACCCUGAGAGGUGGGUGUACUGCUAUUAACCAUGAUACUAUUAUUAUCACAUUUUACAGACGAGGCAACUGAGGGGAAGAGAGGUUAAGCAUCUUCCCUAAAGACACACAAGUAUUAAGCAGUGAAGUCAGGACUUAAUUAAACACAGGUAGUCUGGUUCAAGUCCAUGCUCAAAAUCACUGUUAGACUAAGAGCCUAUGUUUUCCCAAAAAGCAUGAAAAAACAAUACCAGGAAGAAAACAGCACAAUAUCAUCAUAUUGGCCUCCCAGUCAAGGCCAAAUUAUUGUCACCUGUAGUAAUGCAAUCGUGUAGUAAUUUGAGCAAAAGAACACAGUGACUAACAGUUACUAACCCAUAAGCAAAUGCUUCCUGAUCUUAAUCUAGCUUUCUACUUUCAAUUGAUUAAUCCGUCUCAAUCCCAACCCGUCUUCAUCUUCCUUUCAGUAAUUGUGCUACGGAGCUCUUUGAGCUUUUCGUGUUGAUUUCUGUUGAAUAAAGCUUGGGAGUUUUAGUUUUAGUUACAUCCCUCACUUGUAUACAUUCUGUUUUCCCAGGUGUAAAGAUUAGCUCCAGGUGUUUCAGUUCUGUCCAAAUCUUACACCAGAUUUACCCCUUAAAUCUUAGAAGACUCUUAAGUGUGGAAUACUGUAGUUCAAGUCUGUAAUAAACUUAAGCUUUUUAGGCCCCUCA